AUGUUUCAAGCCCGGAAGCAGGAGCAGAUGCUAUUACUGUUGCAGGAGAUAAGGGAGAUGGUGAAGGAGGGUUGCAGCCUGCUGGAUGCGACACGACCAGUGUCAGCUGAAGAAGCAAAUCUCUUGGGGAAGUGGGACCAGCGGUAUAAGGAUACGCAGACGGAGCUCAACGUGCUACAACAGGAAGUGCAGACUAUGGACUUGCCAAUAGCGAUGAAGCCCAUUGUUGAGGAAGCAGCAGCAACCGAACAGCAAGUAUUGGAGGUGGACCAGAGCGGGCCUAGCGGCAUACUUGCAUUGUUAGGGGUACCAACAGAAGACAAACCAGUACUGAAGGAGCACUGCAAAGCUGUGUGGGAGCGGAAUGCGGAGGUGAAAAUACUUUUGUUGCUGAACAGAAUGGGAGCAUAUACUGAAAAUGCCAAGAAAACUGCAUCAGGAAUGAUAGCAGGUUCCAAGAUCCUGCAACCUGACGACCACCAACGGGCAGGCGAACUCAAGAAACAUGUGGAGCAUGCAGUAACAACAACAAGGCGAACAGAUAACCUUUCUGCUGAUGUUAACGCUGUCGGCGAGUAUGUUUGUGCUAGCGAGAAGCUGUCACACCUGGUGUUGAUGCAAAAAUUAGAUGGUCUGCUGCAAAACGGCCCAGAAGCAGCAGCAGAGGUGUACGCAACUGAAGAGAAAAAAGCAGCAGGGGCACAUGACGAAAAAGAAGGCGACCUUGAACAGAAGGAUGACGGAGCACCAAUGGAGACGGGAGACUCAGUGGCAAUUUGA